AUGUAUCGUCUGUCUGCUGGCACUGGACUGCGAUUGCGUUUCGUUUCAGAUCUGUCCCUCCUCGAUCGCCUUCUCGCUGCGGCGUCAAGCGUCUCCGAGGUGACCGCCGUACGGCGUGUUGUGCCUUGCGAGUCGGUGCAGCUCCUGAUUUACAGCUGGAAGCUGGGGCUUUAUCCAGUAGCCUUCAACGCAGUUGCGGGUAAAAGGUAUAAGGCCUUUCCAGCGUACGAAUACACAGUCGAGGCGCGCAUGCCGUGGAGUCGAGGCGAGGAGUUGGCUCUCACUCUCAAGAGCCGGCUGCUGGACAGGCAAAUAGCCUACGAGCAGGCCAGACUCCGCUUUCUCUUGACGCUGCCGCAGGAGUAUUCCGCGUCGCCUUCCGCUGCGUUGCUGCGCGCUUCUGAAUCUCCAGAGGUUGCUUUCACGGAUGAGCCUGUCUCCGCGAAAGAGGGCACUCUGUCCCCGAAGGAGCUCGCCGAGGCACUGCCUGCACCGACAGCAGCAGCGAUGCCUACCGCGUUGCCAGCACAGCAUUCAGAAGUUGGAGACUUGGCGAAUGACGACGAGAAGAAGGGCCUUUUGGAGGGCGGGGACCUUGCGAGGCUGCAAGGCGCUCCUCCACAAGCGGAUUCCAGCAAGAGCAACAGCAGCAGUGGGGGGGGCAAGCCAGCAACAGUGCCUCCUAGAGCAGCGGAUGCGGAGAUGGUCAGCGCGCACGUGGCGCCUAUGCCGUGGUACAGGACCUUUUUGGGCGUCUUGGCAAUGCUUCUUCUUUGCGUCAUUCUUAUGUUCUUUUGCUUCCGUCUGUGCGCGAAGAGACGCACAGAUAUCCCCGCCAGCAGCAGCCGAGUGACUGUCUCCGACACAACCCUAGGAGGGGACCAACCACGCGGGGGGGAAAAACUCCCCGAGAGGCGUCCUACUGGCCACAAUGAAGGAUAUGCGCAAGUAUCGGAUGUUGCAUCUUUAAGAGAUCCUGACAGCGGCUCCUCUUGGUGGGAGCAGGACGACCUUGAGGCUUUCGCUGCACGCUAG